AUAACGCGUUUCAAACGGAUUCAAAGUGGACCACAUGUCAGAGGAGGUGUCACAGUCGUCCUCGUGGACAGGGUUCAGUCCUCAUACAUAUUUAUAUCCACAUUAAUAAACUGUGUCUUUCUGCGUGUCACAAUAAAGAGAUGAAAGAGUCAAAUUUCCUAUAAUACUUUAAUAAACAAUGAAUGAGAAGGCUAAGCUUACAAAACAGUGGUGGAAAGUAAUUAAGUUCAUUUACCUAAGACCUGCGCCUAAGAACAGUUUUGAGCUCUGACGGGAAAUGAAACAGGAGCACCAGGAUCUCAUCCUGCAGGCGUGUGGUGCUUCAUCUCUGCGUGUUGGUGCAAAGAUCCAGACACUGUGGAGCGGUUAUGGGGAGAUAGUCAGGCUGCACCUGGAGGGCUGCGACCGGCCCUCUGUGGUCGUCAAACACGUCAAGUUUCCAGAGGAGGCCGAGCACCCUGGCGGCUGGAACACAGAUCGCUCCCACAGACGUAAAGUGAGAUCCUACCAGGUGGAGACAUACUGGUACCAGAACUAUUCCACCAAUCAGAGCUGUCGGAUCCCGGCCUGCCUGGCUGUCUCUUCCCAUGGAGACGAGAUGCUGAUCAUGCUGGAGGAUCUGGAUGUGGCUGGUUAUGAUCAGAGAAGGACCAGCAUUAAGGACAGAGAAAUAAAGGCUUGCCUCAGCUGGCUUGCCCACUUCCAUGCUCUCUUCCUGAGUGUGGCACCGGAGGGCCUGUGGCCUGUCGGUACCUACUGGCACCUGGAGACCCGGCCAGACGAGUUGGAGGCCAUGGAUGACGCCAAGGUCAAAGCAGCAGCCGGUGACAUUGACAGGAUACUCAACGAAUGUCACUUCAAGACCAUUGUUCACGGAGACGCCAAGUUACCCAACUUCUGUUUUUCCCAGAGCGGACAGGAUGUGGCAGCUGUGGACUUUCAGUAUGUUGGUGGAGGCUGUGGUAUGAAAGAUGUUGCGUAUUUUUUAGGAAGCUGCAUGGAGGAGAAGGAAUGUGAAAAGAGAGUACCAAGCCUACUGGACUACUAUUUUACAGAAUUAAAGCUAUCUGUGAAAAAAGAUGUGGACUUUGCUGCCCUUGAGAAAGAAUGGAGGGAGAUGUUUGCGUUUGCCUGGACAGAUUUUCAUCGUUUUCUGCUGGGAUGGAUGCCUGGACACUGGAAGAUCAACCGGUACAGUAAACAGUUGACCAAGGAGGUUCUGCGCAAACUGAAACUGUAACCAGAACCAAAAACUCUUCACUUCAGACAACCAGAGAACUGAACAUGUGGGUGGAAGGUGACCAGUUUGAACCUAGAAAUCUGUAUAUUGAAAAAUAAAUCACUCACAAAUACACACCCAAGUCUUAUUUUCACAUCUGUGCAGUGAAGCAUGAUUAUCAAACCAAUUCUGGAAAUAAAACAAAAGUAAAUAAAACAUAAAACUUUUUGAAAAA